AUGUCAUACUCUAUUAACCCUAAGCCAGAACCAUUGGGUGCCUGGAACCCAAAUGUUGUCAAGUUUCCACCUUACGCCUCUAAAGUGAAACCUUCAAAGCUCUGUCAUGUUACUGGCCCCAGUUCGGAGAAGCCAGAUCUUAGCUCUUUUCCUAUUCUUAAGAAAGAGAACAACAGCGGCAACUUGGAGCUCAAUGGCGCCAAGGAGGACCAGAAGGAGGCCCUGAAGUUCCCUAUUUACAGUGAUACGGCUAAGGAGAACUUGGUGGCAAACUUCAACAACAGCAACACCAGCGUUAAGGCCAGCCCCAAACCUUCUGUACCUUCAACCGAAAAGGAACACAAGGGUAAGCCUGCUGCCUGCGUGUUCGUCGCUAGUCUUCUCUCUACCAAGACUGAUGUUGAGUUGUGUAAGACCGUCACUGACCACUUUGAGAAGUUCGGUAAGAUCCUUAAUGUUAAGGUCUUGAGAGACUACUCUGGUCGCCCGUAUGCUUUCGUUCAGUAUGCCAGUGAAAUUGAUAGUAAGGUGGCGAUCAGGGAAAGUCACAACUACAUGCUUGAUGGUCGUGUCAUCCGCUGUGAGGCUGCCAAGGUCAACCGUACUAUCUUUAUCUCCAGUUUUGAUUCCCUUGAUCAGAAGAGUGUAAUUGGUACUGCCAGUGCCUUUGGUGAAACUGAAUUGGUUGUUGCCAGUGACGAACAUGGCAGAAUCAAGAACACCGCUGGUGAUGAGAAGUGCCGUUACUGGUUCGUUAAGUUCUCCUACCGUGACGAUGCCAUUAGGGCCUUUGCAAGCUUAACGGAGGAUUUGCUGGUUCAUGUCGAGUGGGCCAAGAACGUCGAGGACCAGUGUCCUAAUGGCCGUUUCGACAAAUAUACGGUGUUUGUUGGUCUGUUGAACAGAAAUGCCACCCAUGCUGAUUUGGAACGCCAUUUUUCCAGACACGGCGCUAUCAAGUCAGUUUCGGUGAUCCACAAGAUCCCUGGUUCUUACGGUUUCGUUACUUUUGAAGACGAGGUGUCUGCUGCCAGUGCCGUCGCCAAAGAUAACCACACUAUGUUCAUGGACAAGAACAUCAACGUUCAGUACCGUGAGCUUAGCAAUUACCCUAAGAUGAUCUUGUCGUCAGAGAUGCCUAUAGUGUUGGCACCACCGCCUGUGAACAGUAAGUUCAAGGCUACCGCCAGAUCGAAGCAUGACCCUGAGAGCUACGAGCCAAACAGAGGUUACAGCUACAGAAGAGAUUACUCAGGUAGCAACGAGUCGGCAUUCAGGUCCAGGAGAACGUCGCUGUAUACCCAUUACAGGGAUUACACCAGAGAUUGGACCAAUACAGCUGGUGACUACACAACCUGGCCCAGGUCAAGGUUUGGCACUGGCGGCGCCGAAGUGCAAGCCGAUGGCGGCGAUAUCAACCGCUACUAUGUUGUUAGCCCCAGCUCAAAGGCUACCUGA